AUGAAACAAUUUGGAUUGGCAGCUUUUGAUGAGUUAAAGGACGGAAAGUACAACGAUGUAAACAAAACCAUACUAGAAAAGCAAUCCAUCGAAUUAAGGGACCAAUUAAAGGUAUUCCAAGAACGACUGGUAGAAUUUGCCAAAAGACACAAUAGCGAGCUUCAAGCUUCACCUGAAUUCCGCUCAAAAUUUAUGCACAUGUGCUCCUCUAUUGGGAUUGAUCCCCUAUCUUUGUUCGAUCGAGAUAAACACUUAUUUACAGUGAAUGAUUUUUAUUAUGAAAUAUGUCUUAAAGUUAUAGAAAUUUGUCGACAAACUAAAGAUAUGAAUGGAGGUGUUAUUUCUUUUCAAGAAUUGGAGAAAGUACACUUUCGUAAGCUGAAUGUUGGGCUCGAUGAUUUGGAAAAAUCUAUCGACAUGCUAAAGAGUCUAGAAUGUUUUGAGAUAUUUCAAAUUCGUGGCAAAAAGUUUUUGCGAAGUGUUCCAAAUGAACUAACAUCUGAUCAAACGAAGAUUUUGGAAAUUUGUUCCAUUCUGGGUUAUUCAAGUAUCUCCUUGCUAAAGGCAAACUUGGGAUGGGAGGCUUUGAGGAGUAAAUCGGCUCUCGAUGAAAUGGUCGCUAACGGUUUACUGUGGAUAGAUUAUCAAGGUGGUGCAGAGGCAUUGUAUUGGGAUCCCUCUUGGAUUACCAGGCAACUAUGA